UCCUCCUCCUCCUCCUCGCCGUGCCCCUGAGGGGCGGCCGAGCCGCUCGCCCCCCACCGCAGCCCCAAACGCCCACGGCGCAACCAAGAAGGCGGUGAUGGAGCAAGCUUCCCCAAAAUCAGCUAUUGCACAAAAUGCAUCACAUGAGUUUCUCUGAGAAGCCCACGAAGCCCUGCUGUCAGCUCCAGACAUGGUAUAAAUCACAGAGACAUCCCAACGGGUAUAAAUUCUUCGACUGACCAAGCUGCAGCUACAGGGAAACUUCUCAGCCUGGCAAGAGCAGAGAUUUGGAUCCCAGGCAGCAAAACAGCAUUGACCCUCAGACAGAGCAUUGGCUGAACCAUGACUGAAGAGCCCAGGCGGAAGGACAGCGAGACCGGACACCCCAACUCCAGCAUGGGCUGCGGACACAAGGACGACAAAGCCAGCCUGGCUUUGAGCCAGAUAGCAUCUUUCAGCCACCAGGCCCCCUCCACUCCUGCCUCCAAGGAAGUGUGGAAAAAGGGCGGCCGCAUGUUCUCCAUCCUGCUGGCCGUGCACUUGGCCCUGCUGGCCUGCACGCUGGUGAGCAGCGGGGCCUUUGAGAAGAUCGCCGUGCACGACUACGAUGUGUUCUUCCUGCUGACUGUCAUGAUGCUGAUAGUCAUCAUAUGGAUCAUCUUCUACCUCGCUGGCACCUCCCGGUGCCCAGGUGCCAUCCUGUGCAAGGACUCCCACGCUGGGCCCAUCUGGCUGAGAGGAGGCCUGAUUCUAUUUGCCAUUUUCAGCCUUGUCAUGGACGUGUUCAAAAUAGGAUAUUACUCGAGCUUCUACAGCUGCCUGUCUGCAAUCAAAAUCAUCUACCCCAUCGUGCAGGCAAUAUUCGUGGUCGUCCAGACGUACUUCCUGUGGGUCUCUGCCAAAGACUGCAUCCACGUGCACCUGAAUGUUACCAGGUGUGGCUUGAUGCUGACACUGACUACAAACCUGGCGGUGUGGAUGUCAGCAGUGACAGACGAGUCUGUUCACAAAGCACAUUCAAAGCUGAAGAAGAACAUGACAGAGGAACUCUUCAGGUGGUUCCUGAGAGUGGGAAUGAGAAGUAGCUCAGUUGACCAAUGCAAUUGCAACAGCCAAAUCUGCCAGAUCUUCAAGAAUGGCUACUUUUGGCUGUACCCCUUUAACAUUGAGUACAGUCUCUUUGCCUCUGCCAUGGUCUAUGUCAUGUGGAAGAACGUUGGACGCUUCAUAGACCACCACUCCCACCACAUUCAACGCCUGAAGUUCAGGCUCUUCCGAAGGACCUUCUUUGUAGGCAUCAUGUUGGGCCUCGUCAUUCUGGUGAGUGGUCUGGGAGUCCUCAUUCUUUAUGAGGUGCAGGUAAACUCCAACACCGAGUCCAGCAAGAAGAGCCAAGCACUCACCAUGUACUACAUCUUCAACAUCGUUUGUCUGAGCCUGAUGUCUCUUGUCUGCAUCGGUGGCUCUGUCAUCUACCGCUUUGACAAGAGGGACAUGGACCGGCACAAGAAUCCCACUAGGACCCUGGACGUGGCCCUGCUGAUGGGGGCAGCCCUGGGACAAUACGCCAUUUCCUACUACUCCAUUGUGGCCAUCGUGGCCAGCACACCAAGGGACGCUAUCAGCGCGCUCAACCUCACCUACGCCCUCCUGAUGAUCGCCCAGCACACCUUCCAGAACAUCUUCAUCAUCGAAGGCCUCCACCGGCAGCCCCCCAAGGAAGACUACAAGCAUGACUCCCACCAGAAGGAUCUCUACGGGCUCACCUUUGUCAACAUCAACGCGGUGUCCCUCCGAGUGCCCGACACUGGCAGCACCUUGGCCCCUGGCGCUGCCUCUGGCACUGAAGCCGUGUGUCCUUCUGACCUCGUGCGGUCCCUCACCGCCCCCAGGGAGAUGAACUGGAGGAGGAAGUUCUUGAGGGAGAUCUCCAUGUUCCUCCUACUGAGCAAUGUCAUACUCUGGAUCAUGCCAGCGUUUGGUGCCCGGCCACAGUUUGACAAUGACACAGAACUGAACUUCUAUGGCGAUUCCAUGUGGCCGGCCAUCGUGGACAUUUGCCUGCCCUUUGGAAUCUUCUACCGAAUGCACGCAGUGGCCAGUUUGCUGGAGGUCUACAUCGUGUCCUAAAGAACUCCCUCACAAGGAAGACGAGAUCCUCCUCAAGCAACCCACCUUCUUCCUACCCCAGGGCUGGGAGACUGCCCAGAUGUCCCGAGGGGUCUCCAGCAGUGUUGGGGCAUUUAUGAACUGUCAGUGAAGAUCAUCCAAACAUAGUCCAGAUUUUAUUUUUGCUACUUGUGUGUGGA